CCGAGUGUGUACACGUCAUUCCUUACAACACCCAACCAAUGAGAAGGAACGUAUGUUCACGUGAUGUUGUUUUGACAAAGAGGGAAGCAGCUAAAAAUCUGUUAACGAAAUGAUUUUGAGGAAGCAGAAAAGGAAGUAAACUAUAUAAGGUGGUCUCAUGGCGGUUUUUAGUAUAUUCAGUAUAAGUGGCGUUGUUUUUUGUUUAGCUGCAUGCAUAACCGCUGCUAAUGGUGGUGAAAGUGAAAUAGAUGAACUUCCAUUCUGUAAUCCUGACCAGCUGAACACACAGCACAAGCUGGUAUUUGUGAGUACACUAGAUGGACGGCUGUCAGCACUAGACCCUUCAGAUGGUGGUUCUGUCAGCUGGAGUGUUGAAACUGGACCUGGACAGAUGCUGUCUUCCAGUAUACACACGCUUGAGCUGACUAAUAAUGGGCAGUUUGUGAGGAUGAUCCCUUCGCUUAGUGGAGGCAUAUACAAGUUUGAUGGCAGCAGUAUUGAGCCUAUUCCUGUUACAGCUGACCUGUUGCUUAAAUCUGCUCCAUUUUCAUUCUCCAGUGAUCUGGCUAUCUCAGGAGGGAAAGAGACUAGAACUUACGGUGUUGCUGUCAAAACUGGUAAAUUUGUGUAUGAAUGUUCUAUGGAUGGCUGUACCAACACCACAGAAAACUUGACACCUGACGACAUUAUUGUUAUUCAAAGACACACACAGACUGUGAGAGCAAUUGAAGCCCGCACUGGUACUGAAAGGUGGAAUUUUAGUGUUGGUCAGCAUGAACUGAGUUUUGUUUCUGACACUGUUAACAACUGUCAUCAGAAAGAUGCAACCCCAUCCCAGCUGUCUGAUGACUUUGAGCUGAAAGUCAUUGUACCAGAAGGACUUGUCUGCUCUGUCAGCAAGUCAGCAGGUCAAAUUAUAUGGAAACACAAGUUUGAUGCACCAGUUGUGGCAGCAUGGUACCUUUUUCAAGAGCAGAUGUACCCAGUUGACCUGUUCAGUGGUGCACAGUGGACACCCACCUACAAUGAACAGAUGGGUCCACUGACACCAUCCCUGUACAUAGGCAUGCAUAAUAGACAGCUGUAUAUUCAAGAAAGUGUCACUCUUAGUAAGAUGUCUAUGAAACUGGCUACAUCAUCACAAUCACACAUUCCACAAAUUACAUGGACUCCUGUAUCAGCAACAGCCAUUGGCAUGGUAGAAGCAGUGGAUUCUGACUCUGGUACAAAAUCACCUGAACUGGGAAAAACUGAAUUAGUGACUAUAGCACAAUCUAUUUUGUAUUCAUCAGAAUAUAGUAAUGGAAAUGGCUACUACUUAUUCAGUGCUCCCAAACUGCAGUGUGAUAUUGGUGAGACUGAAAAUGCUACAAUUCAGGAACUGGAGGAUGAAGAAAAUAUUGAUGAUUUUAAAAUGGAAAGUGAAUUGUUUUCACUCUGGUUCUGGUGGAAAGAGGUUCUUGUCAUCAGCAUCUCCACAGCUGUCUUGGUGAAUUUAGUAGUCACACAACGAUUCUUGCGUGCCAUUCACCUGCUUCCAAUCACAAGCGCUGAAGUGAUGGAACAGGAAAUCAUUGUUGUGGAGAAACCAGUACCAAUGUUUCCAGAACCAGGACCACUACAAGCUCAUAGAAGCCAUUCCGAUCCAGAUGGACAGCAAUCAUCUGAGUUCACCUCACGCUUUUUAACAGACUUCCAUCCUGUUCAUUGCCUUGGGAAGGGUGGCUUUGGUGUUGUCUUUGAAGCUAAAAACAAGAUUGAUGAUUGCCAUUAUGCCAUUAAACGUAUUCCUCUUCCCAAUCGGCAAGAAUCUCGUGACCGUGUGAUGCGUGAAGUGAAAGCCCUAGCCAAGUUGGAACACCGUCACAUUGUCCGCUAUUUCAAUGCUUGGUUGGAAUGCCCUCCACCUGGGUGGCAAGAAGAACAGGAUAAAUUGGUUCCUAAUUGUGAUGGCUUCUGCUCACUUGGGGAUGCUACAUCCAUUGACCUCAGCCAGAUUAGAAGAAGUGCUGUACAUACACACUUAUCUCAAGAUGUUUCUGCAAAAGAAGAAUGUUCCUCUGUGUUUUUGAACAUGAAAAGUGAUGAUUCAGAGAGUUAUUCCUUUAGCCAGCAGAUACAUAGAUACAACCCAGACAGAAGUGAUUCUUUCAUUGUGUUUGAAACAUCUUGUGGUCCAAAAUCAAAAGUUACGGUUGAUGAUGACAGUGGCAAAGACUGCAGCCAUGAAGAUGGAUUGGAUGUAGUUAAAAGUAACACAGAAGUGGGUGAAGGUGUCUUGUCUUGUACCAAUUCUGAAACCUCUAGUAACUGUGUGUCAGCAUGGAGAGAAGAAAUGGGGAGGAGAAGGACUUUAUCCACCACAGAAUGUCAUGAAGCCAAAAAGAAAAUUGGUCACAAGCGACCAUUGUCUCUUGACAUCUCUAGGGGGGGUGGAAUUGUGAUGGCUUCUCUUAAGGGAUCUCGCUUGUACCUGUUCAUUCAGAUGCAGUUGUGCCGCAGAGAGAGUUUGAGGGAGUGGUUGCGAGAUAAUGUGUCCAACAGAAGUACUUGUGUUGUUCUGCCAAUGUUUAUGCAGAUUGUUCAAGCUGUAGAAUAUGUCCACCUACAAGGCUUGAUCCAUAGGGAUCUUAAGCCAUCAAACAUAUUCUUUUCACUGGAUGGUCAGAUCAAAGUUGGUGAUUUUGGUCUGGUGACAGCUAUGGUAGAGAACAAUGGAGAACAGAGAACACCUAGCCCUGAAGCAGGUGUUAUGCAAUAUGCUGAUGAAAAGCAUACAGCACGUGUUGGCACACAGUUGUAUAUGAGCCCUGAACAGGCACAGAGUCUUCCAUAUAACUACAAGGUAGAUAUCUACUCUCUUGGUGUUAUAUUGUUUGAAUUAUUAGUACCAUUUGGUACAGAUAUGGAACGGAGCUGCACUCUCAUGGAUCUUAGAAGUAACAAGUUCCCAGCACAUUUUCAGCAGCAGUUCCAGCAGGAGUUUGAGUUGCUGCAGUUGAUGUUAUCCCACAGUCCAGAGAAGCGUCCCACAACAUACGGUAUUCGAGCACGUCCACCUCUUAAACAGGACACCACUGUAAACAUGAAUGACCAAUGGCACUUUGAACUGCCACCACUGAGGAGGGAUUCAAGCAAGACUUCAUCUCUUUCUAGUAGCUCCAGUGUGGAAUCCUGGGAGCAAGUUUGAAACAGUGACAACACAGUAAUUUUGAUUCUGCCUCUCUAAACAAAUGUACCAAUCAUUUUGUUUAUUAAGUUUAGAGGUUUCCAGUUUCUUUGAUAAAAUGACCCUAUAGUGAAUCCAGUUUUGUUUCUACUACUACUGUUGCUUCUAAUGCCCCCACCACCACUAUAAAUUCAUUUAAAAAAGUAGUGACUGCUACUUUAUUUAUUUCCUUUUCUAAUAUUAUUCCCAACAUCAUGAUACUCUUUAGAACAUAAAUUCCAUUGUUUCAGUUAGCUGUAUGAUAUUUCCUCCAAACAUAUUACAGUUAUUCUCUUUCUAUGUAUACUUGUCUUAUUUAUUGCUUCACUGCCUCUAGUACAGUGUCAGGUAUUUGACUGGUAUUUUUUACAUCUUUAUCCAUAUUUCUGAUUCAUAAGUUCAGACUGAAGUACAUGAUUUUGCAUGCCCCAUAUCAAUUCUUUCACAUUUAUCAAGUGAUAAAAUGUUUCAUUAUAAAUGAUUGAUUAAUUUUUUUAGUGACUGAUUUAUAUCCACAAUCCAUGGCCAUCAUGUUUUAUGUGGCCUACAUUAUUUCAAUGUUGGCACAGUUUUAGAUUUCCCUGUAAUUAAUUUUUUAUCAUCAUUAUAAUCUUAUAAAUUAUGUCAAUUGAUACAUGUUUGUGAUAUUUUUAAUCACAGAGAAUGUGGAUCACUAGGAAAUGUAGUGGUGGUGUAUGUUGUAUUUAUAGAGAAUGUAGUUACUCUUAAGUGUUUGACAGAUGGUGUUGAUCGUGUUAGAACAAAACUAAUGUCAGCACAUUUUCUGACAUGUGCAACAGCUAAUAUCUGUCUCUGUAGAUGAUGUCUCAUGAAUACUGGACACUCUGCUUUCCAGUGUUUGUCAGGACUGAUGUUGCUAGACUUACACUUACUAAUCUAUUAAAAAUACAAGGGCAUCUAUUCCCCUCAGUUCAAAAUUGUCACAGCAAAUGCAGGUGAGUUAUAUACAUAUGACUGUUUAACUCAUGUUGUCACCUAUAUACCUGUUUCCAUAUUAAACCUGGGUUAAUAUAGCAAAUUAAGAUAAAUAUUCCUUAAACACUUAGGAUGGCAAGUCUGGAUAUUGAAAUGGUACUGCCCCAUCACAUAGGAUUGUAAGAAAUACAAAAAGACAGUGUUGAUCACCAAAUAUUGCAGUUGCACCUUUUGUGUUUGGCAUGGGUCAUUGCCAUUCCAUAUCCAUUAAAAUCAUGAUAUGAACUGUGGUUCCAUGCUUUAUACAUAUUUACAUUUCUGUGGCUGUUGGAAUGUAAUGAGUGAACCUUUUACUGUGACAUUUUACCAGUGGCUUGGUACAGGCUCAUGGUUUAGUCUGCUUCCUUGCCACAGUUGGUCUUUAAAGAAAUCACUUGAAGUGAUCAGUGAAUACUGUUAGAUCAGCAGACAUCAUCUACUGGGGCAGGUAUUUCUCCAGUUUUUGAGAGAGUGGCAUUAUUUUGAUGUCAGUGUUCUCAUAUUCACCAAGUCAUAUGACUAUUAUGGAUAUAUAUUAUAUAUCUAUAUGAUAUUAAUCCAGUAAUGUUUGUGAUUGAUGUAGUAUUAUAGAUUUUACUGUUCCUUUUGGUCCAUAUGUCCCAUACAUGAAAACUGAAUCAGCAUAGAUGUGGUAUGUAAUUUGAACAAAAGAAACCUAUUAAUGUGAAUUAAGACUCUGCCUGUAAUCUUUCAAAAUCCAAAAAUUACAGAAAAGGUAGUAGGAUUUAUAUUAUUACAAUGGACUUCAUCAGUAUUUGUCACAGAAAACAACUUGUGUUUGGUAUAAAAUAUGCCUUUCCUAUGCUUGAGUGUGAUAUAAUUUGAGAAGUGCAUCAUGCCCUUUGUAUGCAGUGCUCUCACUGGUUUCUAGAAAUAUUAAAUAUAAAAGCAUAUAAAUCCACGUAAAAAAGUAUUGGACAUAAGUGCCUCAGUAGGUUCCUAUUUCUGGAAUGAUGGUUGUUGAAUGUGGAGAAUUUACAAACAUCAAUCUCUGUGGUCUAGGGAAGAGUUUGGUCUAGUACCUGUAAAAUGUCACUGUCUUUAACUUUUCAUUGUCCAGUUUUGCAAGUACUUCUAUGAAAUGCAUUACUUGCCUUGUUAUUCUGGUGUGGUCUUCGUUUUUAUACUGUGUUUUAUUGAUUAAAACGUUUUACACUUUGUUAAAUUUUGGUGACUGUAGGUUACCAGACUGUCACAUUCCUAGAAUUGUGUGUCAUAAUUUGUUUGAUGGCAUUAUUUUUAAUGUCAUUCUUGCAUAUAUAAUAUAUUUUUUAAUUUUGACUAAAGGUGGUACAGACAACGGAAAAAAAGAUUGUGAUAUUUUUCUGUAGAUAAGGUAAAUUUUGUUUGUACAUAUACUGUACAUGGUGUGUUCAAAAAUUAUUGAACCUUUAGUCGGCAGAAAUACAUUUAUUGAUUUGGAGAUACAAAACCCUAAU